AUGUCCAACCGGCCUAAUAACAAUCCAGGGGGGUCACUGCGACGUUCACAGAGGAACACUGCCGGGGCCCAACCACAAGACGACGCCAUAGGAGGAAGGUCACAUUUAGGGCAGGCAAAACAUAAGGGAUAUAGCCCUCCUGAGAGUAGAAAAUCUAAUUCUAAGGCACCCAAAGUGCAGUCUAAUACUACUUCUGAACUGUCAAGGGGACACCUUUCUAAAAGAAGCUGCAGUUCAUCAUCUGCUGUGCUAGUUCCACAGCCUGAGGACCCAGACAGAGCCAAUACUUCAGAAAGGCAAAAAACGGGGCACGUGCCUAAGAAGGACAAUUCUCGAGGAGUGAAACGCAGUGCUAGUCCGGACUCCAGCAGGACCAGUUCUCCUAGCUCUGCCAAAAAACCCAAAGCACUUCAGCAUACUGACUCUCCCUCUGAAACAAAUAAACCACAUAGUAAGGCCAAGAAGAGACAUUUAGACCAAGAGCAACAACCGAAAUCUGCACAGUCAUCAUCAACAAGCAAGGCUCACACCCGAAAGAGUGGGGCCACUGCUAGUUCACGGAGUCAGAAAAGAAAGAGGACAGAGAAUUCUUGUAUAAGAAGUGGUUCUGUAUCUGAGUCAACGGGUGCCGAAGAGAGAUCUGCAAAACCUACCAAGCUGGCUUCAAAAUCAGCCGCCUCAGCCAAAGCUGGGUGUAGCACCAUCACUGAUUCUUCUUCUGCUGCCUCUACUUCCUCCUCGUCUUCUGCUGUAGCCUCGGCCUCUUCAACUGGACCACCAGGUGCCAGGGUGAAACAAGGAAAAGACCAGAACAAAGCCAGGCGUUCCCGUUCAGCAUCCAGCCCCAGCCCCAGAAGAAGUAGCAGGGAAAAGGAACAGAGUAAAACUGGUGGCUCUUCAAAAUUUGAUUGGGCUGCUCGUUUCAGCCCUAAAGUUAGCCUUCCUAAAACAAAACUGUCUCUUCCAGGGUCUUCUAAAUCAGAGACAUCAAAACCUGGACCUUCUGGAUUACAGGCCAAAUUAGCAAGUUUAAGAAAAUCAACCAAGAAGCGCAGUGAGUCCCCACCUGCUGAGCUCCCCAGUUUGAGGCGGAGCACACGGCAAAAGACCACGGGCUCCUGUGCUAGUACCAGUCGGCGAGGCUCUGGCCUGGGCAAAAGAGGAGCAGCUGAAGCUCGUCGACAGGAGAAGAUGGCAGACCCUGAAAGCAACCAGGAGACGGUCAAUUCUUCAGCUGCUCGGACAGAUGAGACUCCUCAAGGAGCUGCAGCCUCUAGUUCUGUUGCUGGAGCUGUUGGCAUGACCACCUCUGGGGAGAGUGAAUCAGAUGAUUCUGAGAUGGGACGGUUACAAGCUCUCUUAGAGGCCAGGGGUCUGCCCCCUCACCUGUUUGGUCCUCUUGGUCCUCGAAUGUCUCAGCUUUUCCACAGAACAAUUGGAAGCGGAGCCAGUUCUAAGGCCCAGCAGCUUCUGCAAGGACUACAAGCCACUGAUGAAAGUCAGCAACUUCAGGCAGUUAUUGAAAUGUGUCAACUUUUGGUCAUGGGCAAUGAGGAGACCUUGGGAGGCUUUCCUGUCAAGAGUGUUGUCCCAGCUUUGAUAACAUUACUGCAGAUGGAGCAUAAUUUUGAUAUUAUGAACCAUGCUUGCCGAGCCUUAACAUACAUGAUGGAAGCACUUCCAAGAUCAUCUGCAGUUGUGGUGGAUGCUAUUCCUGUGUUUUUAGAAAAGCUCCAAGUUAUUCAGUGUAUUGAUGUAGCAGAGCAGGCCUUAACUGCCUUGGAGAUGUUGUCACGCAGACACAGCAAAGCCAUUUUACAGGCGGGUGGUUUGGCAGACUGCUUGCUGUAUCUGGAGUUCUUCAGCAUAAAUGCCCAAAGAAACGCACUAGCAAUUGCAGCCAAUUGUUGCCAGAGUAUCACAUCAGAUGAAUUUCACUUCGUGGCAGACUCUCUCCCAUUGCUUACCCAAAGGCUCACCCAUCAGGACAAAAAGUCAGUAGAAAGCACUUGCCUUUGUUUUGCACGCCUAGUGGACAACUUCCAACAUGAUGAGAAUUUGCUCCAGCAAGUUGCCUCCAAAGAUCUACUAACAAAUGUUCAACAGCUAUUGGUAGUGACUCCACCAAUAUUAAGUUCUGGGAUGUUUAUAAUGGUGGUUCGCAUGUUUUCUCUGAUGUGUUCCAACUGUCCAACUUUAGCUGUACAGCUUAUGAAGCAAAACAUUGCAGAAACACUUCACUUCCUCCUGUGUGGUGCCUCCAAUGGAAGUUGUCAGGAGCAGAUUGAUCUCGUACCCCGGAGUCCUCAAGAGCUGUAUGAACUAACAUCUCUGAUUUGCGAACUGAUGCCAUGUUUGCCGAAGGAAGGCAUCUUUGCCGUAGAUACCAUGCUGAAAAAGGGAAACGCACAGAACACAGAUGGUGCAAUAUGGCAGUGGCGUGAUGAUCGGGGCCUCUGGCAUCCCUAUAACAGAAUUGACAGCCGGAUAAUUGAGCAAAUCAAUGAGGACACGGGAACAGCACGUGCCAUUCAGAGAAAACCUAACCCCUUAGCCAAUACUAACACUAGUGGAUAUUCAGAGAUAAAGAAGGACGAUGCUCGAGCACAGCUUAUGAAAGAGGAUCCGGAACUGGCUAAGUCUUUUAUUAAGACAUUAUUUGGUGUUCUUUAUGAAGUUUAUAGUUCCUCAGCAGGACCUGCGGUCAGACAUAAGUGCCUUAGAGCAAUUCUUAGGAUCAUUUAUUUUGCGGAUGCUGAACUGCUGAAAGAUGUCCUCAAAAAUCAUGCUGUCUCAAGUCACAUUGCUUCCAUGCUGUCAAGCCAAGACCUGAAGAUAGUAGUUGGAGCACUUCAAAUGGCAGAAAUAUUAAUGCAGAAGUUACCCGAUAUUUUUAGUGUUUACUUCAGAAGAGAAGGUGUGAUGCAUCAAGUGAAACACUUAGCCGAGUCCGAGUCUCUGUUGACGAGCCCACCAAAGGCUUGUGCGAAUGGAUCUGGGUCAUUGGGGUCCACGACAUCUGUCAGCAGUGCCACAGCACCGGCUGCCACCAAUGCGGUGGCCGACGUGGGGUCCCCCAGCUUGCAGCACAGCCGAGAUGACUCUUUAGAUCUGAGCCCUCAAGGUCGAUUAAGUGAUGUUCUAAAGAGAAAACGGUUGCCCAAACGAGGGCCAAGAAGGCCCAAGUACUCACCUCCCAGGGAUGAUGACAAAGUAGACAAUCAAGCUAAAAGCCCCACUACAACUCAGUCUCCGAAAUCAUCUUUCCUGGCAAGCUUGAAUCCCAAAACCUGGGGAAGGUUAAGUGCACAGUCCAACAGCAACAACAUUGAGCCCGCACGGACUGCAGGUGUCAGUGGUCUUGCCCGCGCUGCCUCCAAGGACACCAUAGCCAAUAAUAGAGAGAAAAUUAAAGGUUGGAUCAAGGAGCAGGCACACAGGUUCGUGGAGCGCUACUUUAGUUCUGAGAACAUGGAUGGGAGCAACCCCGCAUUGAACGUCCUGCAGAGACUCUGUGCUGCGACCGAACAGCUCAACCUCCAGGUGGAUGGUGGAGCUGAGUGCCUUGUAGAAAUACGUAGCAUAGUCUCAGAAUCAGAUGUCUCGUCAUUUGAAAUCCAGCACAGUGGGUUUGUGAAGCAGCUGUUGCUUUAUUUGACAUCUAAAAGUGAAAAGGAUGCUGUGAGCAGAGAAAUCAGACUAAAGCGGUUCCUUCAUGUCUUUUUUUCUUCUCCUCUUCCUGGAGAGGAGCCCAUUGGGAGAGUGGAGCCAGUGGGGCAUGCUCCUUUGUUGGCAUUAGUUCACAAGAUGAACAACUGCCUCAGCCAGAUGGAGCAGUUUCCAGUCAAGGUGCAUGAUUUCCCCAGUGGUAAUGGGACAGGAGGCAGCUUUUCUCUCAACAGAGGAUCCCAAGCUCUAAAAUUUUUCAACACACACCAGUUAAAAUGCCAGCUACAGAGACACCCUGAUUGUGCCAAUGUGAAGCAGUGGAAGGGCGGCCCUGUCAAGAUUGACCCUCUGGCUUUGGUACAAGCUAUCGAGAGAUACCUUGUAGUUAGAGGGUAUGGAAGAGUUAGAGAAGAUGAUGAAGAUAGUGAUGACGAUGGAUCUGAUGAGGAAAUAGAUGAGUCUCUGGCUGCGCAGUUCUUGAAUUCGGGAAAUGUACGACACAGACUUCAGUUCUACAUUGGAGAACAUUUGCUCCCGUAUAACAUGACCGUAUACCAGGCAGUGCGGCAGUUCAGCAUCCAGGCUGAAGACGAAAGGGAGUCCACGGAUGAUGAAAGCAACCCCCUCGGAAGAGCUGGUAUUUGGACAAAGACUCACACAAUAUGGUACAAACCUGUAAGAGAGGAUGAAGAAAGUAAUAAAGAUUGUGUUGGUGGCAAAAGAGGAAGGGCUCAAACGGCUCCAACAAAAACUUCUCCUAGAAAUGCAAAGAAGCACGAUGAGUUAUGGCAUGAUGGAGUGUGCCCGUCAGUAUCAAAUCCUUUAGAAGUGUACCUCAUCCCCACACCACCUGAAAACAUAACCUUUGAAGACCCAUCUUUAGACGUCAUCCUUCUCUUACGAGUUUUACAUGCCGUCAGUCGAUAUUGGUAUUAUUUGUAUGAUAAUGCAAUGUGCAAGGAAAUUAUUCCAACUAGUGAAUUUAUUAACAGUAAAUUGACUGCGAAAGCAAACAGGCAGCUUCAGGACCCUCUAGUCAUCAUGACAGGAAACAUCCCAACGUGGCUGACUGAGCUGGGGAAAACCUGCCCAUUUUUCUUUCCUUUUGAUACCCGGCAAAUGCUGUUUUAUGUAACCGCAUUUGAUCGAGACCGAGCAAUGCAAAGAUUGCUGGAUACCAACCCGGAAAUCAACCAGUCUGAUUCUCAAGAUAGCAGAGUUGCACCUAGAUUGGAUAGGAAAAAACGGACUGUGAACAGAGAGGAGUUGCUGAAGCAGGCCGAGUCUGUGAUGCAGGACCUCGGCAGCUCGCGGGCCAUGCUAGAAAUCCAGUAUGAGAAUGAGGUUGGCACUGGUCUUGGGCCCACACUGGAAUUUUAUGCACUUGUAUCUCAGGAACUACAGAGAGCUGACUUGGGUCUCUGGAGAGGUGAAGAAGUAACUCUUACCAAUCCAAAAGGAAGCCAGGAAGGGACCAAGUACAUUCAAAACCUCCAGGGCCUGUUUGCACUUCCAUUUGGUAGGACAGCCAAACCAGCUCAUAUCGCAAAAGUUAAGAUGAAGUUUCGCUUCUUAGGCAAAUUAAUGGCCAAGGCGAUCAUGGAUUUCAGAUUGGUGGAUCUUCCCCUUGGCUUACCGUUUUAUAAAUGGAUGCUCCGACAAGAAACUUCACUGACAUCACACGAUUUGUUUGACAUUGACCCAGUUGUAGCCAGAUCAGUGUAUCACCUAGAGGACAUUGUCAGACAGAAGAAGAGACUUGAACAAGAUAAAUCUCAGUUCACGCUGCCAGGGUUUCCCAACAUUGAACUGAAGAAAGGAGGAAAGGACAUACCAGUCACUAUCCACAAUCUGGAAGAGUAUCUAAGACUGGUGAUAUUUUGGGCACUAAAUGAAGGCGUCUCCAGGCAGUUUGAUUCAUUCAGAGAUGGAUUUGAGUCUGUUUUCCCACUCAGUCAUCUUCAGUACUUCUACCCAGAGGAGUUGGAUCAGCUCCUCUGUGGCAGUAAAGCAGACACGUGGGAUGCAAAGACGCUGAUGGAAUGCUGCCGGCCAGAUCAUGGCUACACGCACGACAGCCGGGCCGUGAAGUUCCUGUUUGAGAUCCUCAGUAGUUUUGAUAAUGAGCUGCAGCGGUUAUUCCUUCAGUUUGUGACUGGGAGCCCCAGACUGCCGGUCGGAGGUUUCCGGAGUUUGAAUCCACCUUUGACAAUUGUCAGGAAGACAUUUGAAUCAACAGAAAACCCAGAUGACUUCUUGCCCUCUGUAAUGACUUGUGUGAACUAUCUUAAGCUGCCGGACUAUUCAAGUAUUGAGAUCAUGCGGGGGAAACUGUUGAUAGCAGCAAGAGAAGGACAACAGUCGUUCCAUCUUUCCUGA